AUGGCCUCGACGGCCAUCACGUUACCGGCUGUCGACCAAGACUUCCGCUCCCUCAGUCGACAGCCGCCCAGCGACCCCGAUAUCCAAGCAACGCUCUCCGACUUCCUCGCCUACACCGAGCACUUUCCCUCGCAUUUGACGCGUGCCCUGACCCUGGUCCACGAGCAACGCGCCAAAGCAGAAGCCGCCAUCAGGUCUGUACAUGAGAAUGCCACAGCCUACAGCACGCUUCCCAGCAUCAAGCAUGCCCGUCCAGACCCUGUCAAGUUGCGACGCGACAUCAGCCUGGCGCUGGAAGAGGCCGAAUCCGCAUGUCGCAUGUCUGUUGAGGAAGCUGUGAGACUAGACGAUGAAUGUCAGAGAGAAGCCAAGCGUCUGGACAUCGUGGCAGAGAAACUCAAGGCACAGCCAAAGCCACCAUCACGCGAUCCUACGCCAGAACAGCAGGCGCUCACCUCUCCGAAUCUGAAGCGGGAGCGCCGCAUGAGCACGCGAGCCGACGAUGGCAAGAUACCAGAGAAGCAGUCACGCCGUGUUCAGGAUAAGGCAGCAAGUAAGCUGAAGGGGAGGAAGAUCAUGGUGCCGGGUGAGGUGCUGCCUCCGCCAGACCCUAAUGCGCCUGCAAGUGAGUCGGUCUGGAGUUCACCACGACCUUCUCCACCAUUACUAGAAGAGCCUGCUCCAGAGACCGUGGAAAGGAAGAAGGGCGCAACACCUCGCCCCAGAUCACGUACUCCGAAGCCACCCAGAUCGGAGAAGGAGAAGAAGGAAGGUGCACGUAAGGAGGAUAGAGAUGCGGACAGGAAGACUCCAAAGCCUCGCGGGCCACGCGCACCUGGUCAGCCUGGCACUAAUGCUCAUUCCUCUGUAGCGGGAAUUAGCACUUCCAAUGCCUUGUUAGCACUGAAAGAACCGCCUGCCGACGCUGCCAAAGGAAGCAAAUGGUUGCCCUGGGUCAAGCUCACGGAAUGGGAAAUGGCCAAACUGCGUAAACGCAUGAAGAAAAACGCAAUCUGGGUACCGAGUCAAACGAUGGUGCGACGAGAGCUGAAGAACCUGGGCCGAGGCAUUGCCGGCAAAGAGGCAGCAAGAGCAGAGGCAGAGGCUGGUGGGACGGAGUUCGUGGAUGAGCAUAACGAGACCGAUCCAACCAAAGUUGAAGUUAGUGGCGAAGAAGCGGCCCAGAUGACUGCUAUGCUGGGACCACCACAGGUCUAUGCUGACGAUGACGACGCCGAUGCCGAGCUUAUCAAUCGAGGCAUGAGACUGAAUGAGGCAAAGAAGUUGAAGAGGCAGCGCUUGUUAGAAGAACAAGCACUCCAAGCACAGCUAGCUAGAGAGCAAGGUGUGGACCCUCCAUCUGAUGGCAAAACGAAUACUGCCUCGCCCGAAGGCCAGAAGAAGCGCAAGCGAGAGAUGACACCUGCAGCGGGCCCUUCGAAGACGGCAGAUCCUGUUUCACCAGGAGCUCGACCUCAGCUGAAGAAAAUUAAGAUCAACCCACCUUCGCGCAGCGAGACUACUUCGAAGGUCCCUUUGGCUUCCGCUGGCGCGUCAUACUCCCCCAAAGCGACAUCUCAGCGCAAUCGCCGGGCAGCGACGCCGCCAGCUACCAAGAAGCCCACUCUCACUCUGAAGCUCAGCAAGGCAGUCUCUGAGGAGCCUCCCAAUAGGCGUGCGAGUCUUCGAAGGAGUAGCAAUGCGAGUCUGCCAAGUGGCAGCCACCCCUCUACCAACACACCCACUUCGCCGAAGAGUGCUACUCUCAAAGACCAGUCUACGACUAAGAGCGGCCGACGCACGAGGCGACCUGCUCCAGGCGUCAUCACUACUAAUGAUGACGAAAGCGCCAAGGUUGGUGUUUCGCAGCGCAAGGCUGCACCGCGAAAGCGCAGCCAGAAUGUCAAGAAGGACUCUGCUGCUCCGCCAGAUCCUCUCGUCACUCUUGAGCCGGACGAGGUGAUCGAUCCAGACGAGCCACGAUACUGUAUAUGUGGCGAUGUGAGCUGGGGCACUAUGAUUGCCUGCGAUAAUGACGACUGCGAGAAAGAAUGGUUUCACCUAGAUUGCGUGGCAUUGACAGAUCUGCCUCCUCGGCGGACAAAGUGGUACUGUCCAGACUGUCGCAAGAAGCUAAAGCAGGGCCAGAGUACGAAUGGUCUGGUCGGUAGAAACGUUGGAACAGGAGCUCGGUAGGAAACACUUCGAUGGCAUUGAUAUUCUAAUAUCCAGACUGGAGCAUGGAGAAGCAUGCCAGAAUUGCUUUGUAAUGAAUCACGGCUAGUGGAUGAUGGCACGGGUCCGUGGACACUGGCAUGUGCAUCGCACUGCAUUAGCUCAGCUGUGACUUCACGGUGAGCAGGGCGCAGAAAGACACUUAUGCAUGAUACCAUGAGAUUUUUGAAAG